UCAUGGUAAAUAUGUAAAAUACUGAAUGUAUAACAUAUGGGUAAUGAUGAAUAAAACACAAUACACAAACCGAAUAGCCGCAGCCUACUUUCUUUUUUUUCUUUUUUUUUUUUCAAGUUGCUCCUUGUCUUUCCUAUAUAUAUAUGUACGGAAAAUAAGUAUCUGCAAAGACUUCAAUAAACGUAGCCUUGCACAUUGGUACACAGAAUCACCAUGGACUGGUGUGGAGAGUUGAAACGGUACGCUGACGCCACAGGAUAUAUUGUGGAGUAUGAACAGGCUUUGGAGGUUGGACCACGACACAGUGCUACGUUCAAAGUCUGGGUUAUAGCCCAUUCUGAUGACGGUCUGUCCUUGAGGGCAAAGGGCUGUGGUAAGCGUAAGAAGACAGCAAAAACACAAGCGGCUCGAGCGCUAUUGUUUCGAAUGAUGCCUUUGCACCGUGUGGGGCUUGAAAACACAGUCCGCUGCAAGGCUGGGCAGGAGAAAGAAAAGGCUGAGAAGGAGACCAACAAAGAGGUAGAUGUGAUGAAGGAACAAGUAGAGGAUAGCAAUAAGACUGGUGAAGCUGAGGUGGAUGAAGAUGCUAAAGAGGACUUGAUCCAGGGGGGAUCCUGUGAGAAGGGAAGACGGUCAUAUCGCAUUCGGUUGUCAUCCUUGGGUUUCCAUCAACCGACACCGUUUAGUUCUGGGGUGAGACAUGGAUACGCGUCUGACCUCAAGGAUGAUUUGAAAAGUUCACUGUUGGAAUGGACUCUUGAGCAACAUGGCACAAGUUGCCUCGCAAUCGCUGUGCAGCACACCCUGUAUUAUCACGUGGAGGCUAUGGAAUACAAGAUGAUGAUAUCUCACACUGUCAUGGACAAUGACACAACGUUGGACAUAUUCAAACUCUGA